AUGCCUCCAUCCGCUGAAUAUAGAGGCGAGAGAGGUAAAGAGAAACAAGAAAGUCACAACACGCAUGUCUCACCAGCAAGGAGUGGCGGCACACACUCUUCAUCCUUCUCAGACGUUCAACCGACUAGUCGUGUUUGGAAGGGGCUAAACCAGGCGAAACUCGUGUUUAGUGGGUAUGAUUCCAAAGCUGGAGUAGAUGAAUGCACGUACGGUGGGGGAGUAGAAGUGUUAAGUUCUGUGAGCGUUUUUUUAUCCUCCGCAUCGUGGCUGAGCCCCGUUGGCUGUCGCGUUUGGAUCAUCUGCCAUGAGAGGCGUGCAGUGGGUGGACGACUGGUUGUCGUACGGUUGAUUAGAUGUCCAGUAAUCAAACCCAGUUUUGAGUCGUGGAGCACGCCAACAGAAUAUAUACGUUAUGAGAUUGGAGACCUUGAGGCUUCCGAUAGUGUAAAAGAUGCGCAAAAAUUCGAAUAUUUGAGGCUCGACAUGUUGAGAGUCCUCAUGGGCUCCAUACGUUCAUGGCUAUACCGAUCCCAAAAGACGCCAUGCCACUUUACUGACGAUGAGGAGUAUCAAUAG